GCGAGACACAUAGGCAGAGGAGCACAGCGAAGAGGGACGACAGGAAGACGCAGAGGGGACAAGACGGAGGGGAGAGAGAGGAAGGGACACAUUAUGAAAGAAGAGGAGACAUUCCAGCUGUGUUUCUAUCACAAGUAGAGUCGUGAGAACGUCUUCACAUUGAAGAAUUUUUCACUGCAGCUCCAGGGAACAAACGUUUUUGCUCAGUAUUUUGGGUCGAGCUGUGAGUCGAACAAACUUAGAGUUGGAUAAGAAGUCUGUUUGAGUUUCAAACAUGAGCGCAGACAACUCAUCUUUGCUGGACAGCUUGUUGUUCGCCCCUCUGUGCGAUGGCUGGACCAACAACACCGAGGGAGCCGUCUACCACCUGGGCAACACCAUCCUGUUCUUGGGCUACAUGGGGGGCAGCGGGGCCUACGGGUGCCUCUUCAUCUUCGGCUUCCUGACCCCGGCCUUCUCGUGCCUGACCCUGUGGGGCUGGAUGACCAUGUGCGGACUGGAUGUCUUCACCUGGAACCUGCUCCUGCUGCUGGCCUGCUUGGCUCAGAUCUGCCAUCUCCUCCAUCGGCUGCACCAGGAGGGCAUUCGCAGCGAGGAGCUCACCUCCCUCUACCAGGCGGUCUACCUGCCGCUGGGCGUCCCCGUCCAGGUGUUCAAGGAGAUAGCGAGAGCGUUUGAGAACAAGGUGGUGGAGCUGAAGGCCGGAGAGACGUACGCUGUGGAGGGCAAGACGCCCAUCGACCAGCUCUCGUUCCUGCUGUCUGGGAGGAUCAAUGUUUCGUUGGAGGGCCAGUUCCUACAUUACAUCCACCGCCACCAGUUCCUCGACUCUCCAGAGUGGGAGUCUAUCAGACCAAACGAGGAGGGAAAGUUCCAGGUGACCCUGACAGCCGAGGAGGACUCCCGCUUCAUCUCAUGGCGCCGCCGCCACCUCUACAUGCUGAUCUCAAAGGAACGCUACAUCGCCCGCCUCUUCUCCGUCAUGCUGGGCUAUGACAUCGCAGAAAAGCUCUACAACCUCAACAGCAAGCUCUACAUCAAGAGCGGCGUGCUGCUGGACAUCCGCCUGCCCAGUCUCUACCACGUGCUGGCCCCCUCAUCGCAGGGCAGCGAGGGCGGCAGCUGCAGCGAUGGCGGCGUCACCAAGGAGCAACAAGUUGAGCAGCAGGUAGAAGACCAAGUGCCGGCCUACGAGAAGACCGACCCAGCCCAGUGUCAGCCCCUCCAGCCGUACCUGCAGGGACCAAGGAAGCCCUACCUGGACGAACCCCGGCCCUCCCAGCCCGACCGGUAUCAGCACCCCUGGGCGUCUGACCCGGAGCUGCUCUCUGGUGAGGACUCCACCAGCCUGGUCCUGGAGGACUUUGCUGAUGUGGCGGGCUCCUUAAUGGAUUAUGGCAGUGAGAGGGAUUAUUUGAGGUAGAGGGGCAGGGUGCUGGAGCUAACACACUGGGUCACCACUUAAGCUACAUGAGGUGAUAGCGACGGGGAUCUACCGCCUCGGUUUCAAAGAGGCCGAGCGCCGCUGGCUCCCACCGACACUCCCAAACUGUGAGAACAGUCUCUCCUGGAAACACAAAUAUUUGUUAUUUACAGUUGAAAGAAUGUUUCACAUGUCACUUGUUCUGUCUCCUCCUCCUCGUUCACAUCUUCAGUCCUGAGCACGGUCAACAUGUGCUCCUCGUUCUCCCUGAGGCAAAAAUGCAAUAUUGAUAUUUUGAUAGUUAUCACCUAUUAACUUUAUAAUCAGUUUGCCUGAAAGUCUUUUUGUGGAGGCUUUGAAGCAGCGUUUAGGCCAAAAUGUAAAUGUCUAAUUUUUAAAAUGUACAAUUUAAAACCUGCGGGAGUUGAUUAAAUGUUCUAAGAGAUAGAAAGUUGGACAUGAGGGGAUUCUGUAUCCAACAUAAUGAGAAUAAUCAAAUGUUAACAAAGAGUCAAGUCUUCAGUUUGUCAAUUACCAGCACGUUAAAUGUCUGAAAAGUUAUUUUAAUGUUUUAAAAUCUGAUUUUAUGUUGGUUUUCAUCUCACUAAUAUUCGAUGUUCGAUCUGUGAUUGUUUGAUUUGGGCUCGAAUUCACCUGAUUUAAGGACUUUUGAUGUUUGAUUCACAAAAAAUCACUUGUAUUUACAAAAUGAAUUUAACUGCACAGGUUUAAGUUCAGAAAUCAGUUUAGAAAAAGAAAAUUGUUGGACCAACUUGAAAAAUGACUUGAAGUGGUGACACAGAGAUGAAUCAAGUGUUCAAAAAACAUAUGUCACUCAUUGAACUAUUUUAAGUUGGGUAACAAUUUCAACACAUUUUCUAGAUAUUAAAUUUAGAUGCAUUUGGUCAUAAAUCCACAUGGAUACAUGUAUAUGAUGUACAAGUGUAUAAAGGAGGAAGAUCUGCAUCACAGUCAACUCAUCAUUCUCUUACGAAAUGGAAAAUAUUAUAUUUCAGGAUAAAACAAGACAGCGUUGAUUUUCCCUGUUACUUUCAUGUGCUGUUGACAUGUUUAUUUACCUGAAUGCACCGUGACUCUUGGUUCACUAGCAGAAAUGAUGCUUUUUAACAGUUGAUGUACGACCACCUCUCACUUCUUCUCCGGCGAUAUAUUGGAUACCUGCAGAUGUUGUUUUGUAUUUUAUCUUUUGUAAUUAAUUGAGUAUUUAAUACACAGAUUCACAAUGUGAAUUGUCUGUUGUAAUCUUCCAAAAUAUUAGAGAUGGGACUAAAAUGACGUAGUGUUUGUAAAAGUUUUUCUCAUGGGGCCAAGAUUUCUCCAUAAAGAUGUUUGUGUGCAGUGACGGUGUAUCUGGUUUUCUGUGAUUUUAAAUUUAGUUGAUGUAAUUAAACUCAAAAUUCUUAAUGUAAUACUCAUAAAACGUCACGACACAAGUAUCGAGCACUCAAGCACUUUCUAGUCACAUUGGAAUGUAAACUGGAGGAGCUGGGCAU